AUGGAUUCCUUGCUGUGGUGUUUCCGCCCGCGCAAGCGAAGAGACCUCCAUGACUGGAAGCAAAUAGAGGCCAAGGCCAACAACGUGGAAUCCCAGCCCAGCUGGCACGACCCCAGCGACAACACCUUGCUCUUCGAAGGCUUCGAGUGGCACAUCCCGAACGAUAACCGCCACUGGCGACGGCUGAAACGCGCCCUGCCGGCCCUGCACGCCAUCGGGGUGGACUCCGUCUGGCUCCCGCCGGGGUGCAAGGCGAUGAACCCGUCGGGGAACGGGUACGACAUCUACGAUCUGUACGACCUGGGCGAGUUCGACCAGAAGGGCUGCACCGCCACCAAAUGGGGCUCCUUCGCCGACCUCGAGGCGCUGAUGGAGGACGCCCACGCCCUGGGGGUGGGCGUGUACUGGGAUGCGGUGCUGAACCACAAGGCGGGCGCCGAUUUCCCGGAACGGUUCGAAGCGGUCAAGGUUGAUUCUCAGCGACGCGAUGUCGAGAUCGCAACCCCGCAAGAGAUCUCCGGCUGGACGGGCUUCAGCUUCUCCGGCCGGGGCCCCGUCCACAGCGCCCAGGAAUACCACUGGUACCACUUCAGCGGGGUCGACUGGGACGACGCCGCCCAAGAGAACGCGAUCUUCCGGAUCUGCGGGGCGGGGAAGCCCGGCUGGGCGGAGGACGUGGGCCGGGAGCUGGGCAACUACGACUACCUGAUGUUCGCGGACCUGGACUACUCGCACCCGGAGGUGCGCGCGGACGUGCUGCGCUGGGGCACCUGGAUCGGCCAGCGGCUGGGGUUGAAGGGGAUGCGGCUGGACGCGGCGAAGCACUUCUCCAUGCGGUUCCAGAAGGCGUUCGCGGCGCACAUGCGCGCGACCACGGACCCGGAGUUCGUCGUCAUCGGCGAGUACUGGACGGGGGAUGUGCAGGAGCUGGUGCGGUACGUCCAGACCGAGAUGGAGGGGACGGUGGUCGCGGUCGACGCGCCGCUGGUGCAUAAUUUCUCGCGGGUGUCGUUGGAGAAAGGCCGUGGGGAUCUGCGGCGCGUGUUGCGGGGGACGUUGGUCGAACGGUGUGGGGGGAAUGCUUUGACAUUCGUCGAGAACCAUGACACGCAACCCGGCCAAAUGAUGGAGAACACCAUCACCCCGGAGUUCAAACUCCUCGCCUACGCCCUCAUCCUCCUCCGCCAAGAGGGCCGCCCCUGUCUCUUCUACGGCGACCUGUACGGCAUCUGGGACGCCCAGAGACAACAAGCCCACCGCGACGCGGUCUACGCCUACCAGCUCCCCAUCCUCACCCGCACCCGCAAGCUCUUCGCCUACGGCGAGCAACAGGACUACUUCGACCAAGCGCAUUGCAUCGCCAUCCCCCAAAUUGCCCAAAUUGCCCACAUUGCCCAAUCGGGCGAUGACUUCAUGACUUUUGGACAUAAACUUCCCUCACGUGGCGGCGUUUCGUAUCUGACCCCCACCCCGUGUGCAACCGCAGGCUUCGUCCGAUACGGCAACGCGCGCCACCCGGCGGGAUUGGCGUGUGUGUUGAGCAACGCGCCCGGGCGUGCCACGAAGCGCAUGUAUGUCGGGCAGCGACACGCGCAUGCGACGUGGACGGAGGUGUUGGAGGGCGACAGCAGCAAGUUGGGUGCGGUGGUGAUUGACGCGCGGGGGUAUGGGGAGUUCCCCGUGGAGGGAGGGGGGGUUAGCGUUUGGGUUGAUGCGGCGGCGCCGGACCGCGGGAGGCUGAUGGACCCGUUGUAUGUGUUUGACCCUGCUUGGUGUGGGAUGAGACGGCGCUGACUCACAGUUUGGCGGAUGCAGUGAUCA